UAAUCUGGUUUACUCGAAACAAAUGUGUUGUAUCGAUGUUGCAUUAGCUAGAAGUCAUGGAGAAGGUGACUGGAGCCCAGAUCAUUGCAGAAGCGCUCAGGGCUCAGAAUGUGGAAUACAUGUUUGGAAUUGUGGGAGUUCCGGUGAUUGAGGUUGCCAUGGCAGCCCAAGCUGCUGGAAUCAAGUAUGUGGGCAUGCGCAAUGAGCAGGCGGCUUGCUAUGCUGCCUCUGCAGUAGGGUAUCUCACAGGACAUCCGGCGGUGUGUCUGGUGGUGUCAGGGCCUGGUCUCAUCCACGCCCUUGGGGGGAUGGCCAACUCCAACAUGAACUGCUGGCCUGUCGUGGUGAUCGGCGGCUCCUCAGACCAGAACCAGGAGACCACAGGUGCCUUCCAGGAGUUUCCCCAGGUGGAAGCCUGUCGUCUCUACAGCAAGUUCUCAGCCCGACCCAGCAGCCUGGCAGCCAUCCCUUCCGUCAUCGAAAAGGCUGUGAGGACCAGCAAGUACGGCCGGCCAGGCGCCUGCUAUGUGGACAUUCCUGGGGACAUGGUGAACGCUCAAGUGGACCAGUCGCAGGUCAGGCUGGUGACAUGUUGUCUCCCGCCCCCAGUGAGUUUGGCGAUCCCUUCUGAUGUACUAAUGGCGGUGACUCUGAUCAAACAGGCCCAAACACCUCUGCUCAUCAUUGGCAAAGGUGCUGCCUAUGGCAGGGCGGAGUCAGAACUCACUGAACUGGUGGAGAGGUGUGGCCUGCCCUUUCUGGCCACUCCCAUGGGGAAAGGGGUGGUGUCGGACGAGCAUCCCAACAGCGUGUCUGCGGCCCGCUCCAGAGCCCUGCUGCAUGCCGACGUGGUCGUGCUACUGGGAGCCAGACUCAACUGGAUGCUUCACUUUGGUUUCACCCCUCGCUUCAACCCCCACGUCAAGAUCAUACAGGUGGACCUCUGUGCAGAGGAGCUGGGAAACAAUGUGAGACCUGCUGCUGCCUUGCUGGGGGAUAUCCGUUCAGUAGUCAGACAGAUGCUGGAGAUCUUCCAGAAGGAUCCGUGGUCGUACCCCGCGGACUCUGAGUGGUGGAAGGCUCUUAAAGGGAAGAUGGCUGCCAACGCCGAGAUGUCCAAGGCCCUGGCACUAGCGCCCUCCCUGAUGCUAAACUACUACUCGGCCUUCCUGCACAUCGCCAAGCUGCUCCCCCCAGACUGCGUGAUCGUCAGCGAGGGCGCCAACACCAUGGACGUGGGCCGCACCAUGCUGCUCAACCGCCUGCCCCGACACCGGCUGGAUGCAGGCACUUUUGGCACCAUGGGAGUGGGUCUGGGUUUUGCCAUUGCAGCAGCCAUGUUGGAGCAGAGCAAGAGCGCCCCCCAGAGGGUGGUGUGUGUGGAGGGGGACAGCGCUUUCGGCUUCUCAGGCAUGGAGGUGGAGACCAUGUGCAGGUACAAGCUCCCUGUGGUCAUCAUUGUUAUCAACAAUAACGGCAUCUACAGUGGAGUGGACGCAGACACCUGGGCACAGCUGGAGAAGAUGGGAGACCUCGCCAUAGUAGCUCCCCCUGUGACUUUGCUGCCUGAUGCCCGCUAUGACCAGAUGAUGACAGCAUUUGGUGGGCGUGGCUUUCUGGUGCGGACUGCUGCAGAGCUCCGCCUGGCUUUGCAGGAGAGUCUCAGGGAUUGGCUGAACCCCUCACUCAUCAACGUGCUAAUAGACCCUGCCUCUGACAGGAAACAGCAGGAGUUCCCCUGGCUAACCCGAUCGAACCUGUAGGAGGAUAGUUGCCUGAGUCUGAAGCUGGGAGGCGGAGUACCUUAAUUUGCUGCCUUAACCUCCUGCCCUUCCAGGACCUAAUGAAAUGAACUGCUGAAGUACCAACCUGCAGCUCCGUCUAGAGACCAUCCCAUUGGAGCCGAUUUAUCACCUAAAACCCAGGAACCAAUCACAACUGCUCAUCCACCAUGGGGCGGGCUUUAUAUGAUGACAGACAGUGUGCCAAGAGUCUUUGUAUCUCUGGGACAUUUUCAUAUCAGAUAUAUUUCUGUAAAUAAAUCAGCUUUAUUGAA